GUCGCUCUUUAUCGAUGUGGCUGAAAUUUUGUUCGCAUUUUUUUUACGAAGCAAAAAGAUAAUCGUGAGUUUAAUUCUGCUGUCGAACCAGCAAAAAGUGAAUCUAUUUGUAUUAAGAGCAAACGAUAAACAUUUUUUUUUUUGUAAAUUUGAGCUCUUUACAUUACGCGAAUGCUAAUAAAAAUGGUCAUAAAGGACUUGCAAUGUCCAUAUUAACGUGCCAUGGAUCAAAGUAAUUUGGGCUUUUCUGCGAAAAAUGAAUACGAGUUCUUAGAUCUUUCUGAUGUUGACGAUAUUGAAAGAACACGGUUGUCAUCAGCUUUGUUGCAUAAACAACAACAAAAGCAGCAACAGAAGCAUCAGCAACAACUGCAACCAUUCGAUAAGCAUGACCGAGCUUCAUUGAUAAAGCAUGAUGAUGCUGCAGAUGUUCAAUCACGUAUUAGUCAAUCCACCACUUCUACGGAUAGUGAAUGUCAAAUAGUUUUAAACGACAACUGCAACAUUCAAUCAAAUUUAUGUUCUAUUAAUUCGACCCAUAAUGCGACCUCUGUAACAAACAGUAAUCCGGCGGAAACGAAGCAAAUUUUCCGGCUUUCAUAUAAAAAACUGUCGAAACAAAAUCAGUCGAAAAAGGAACAAAUGCCGAAGAUGUCGCCGCACGUAAAUUCACAGGAAGAUUUAACGUCCCCACAACAGCAACAGCAACAACAACAACAAGCGCAAAAUACACCGAAUCAACAGGUGCAGCAGCAGCAAACACAGCUGCCGGUGCAAUCGGGAAAUAAUCAAUCGACGCCAUCACAGUCUGCGCAACAACCCCAAAACACACAACCAACACCUCACUCACAAAAUCAAACCCAGCCGAUACAGCAAACACUUCCUCCACAAUCAAACCAUCCAACUAAUAACUCUGCUAGUAACAUUCCUUCCCAUAAUGUUCAAUCACAUAUUUAUCCACAAUCACAACCGCAAUUCAUGCAGAAUUAUUUACCUCAUGUGGGCCCAGCUGGUAAUCUUUAUCACUUCACACCGUACAUACCGAGUGUACAUUUCAGCCAUUUCACCGCCAACGUAAAUGUGCAUGGAUAUACGCAAGCGAUGCAACCACCAUUUUUACCAGCCAAUUAUAUACCAGAUAAUCAUCAAAGCGGCGUCGAACAGUCCACUCAUCCGAUCCAAACACAGCCGCAUUAUCAACGGCCACGCCGUGGUGGAAGAAGAGGUGGUAACAAUGGCGGUUACACACGACGCGAAUUCACAUCGCGACAAAUAAACUCGGUUCAGGAAAUUAAUUCCGCACAAACGCCAACACAUGGAAUUGACUCGCCAGCAAUGAUGCAACAAUCAUCGAAUUUUGCUCCGUAUUAUGUUGAACCAUAUUUGGGACUUUAUCCAAAUCAAUUUGCCAUCGGACAUCAUUCGACCACUGCCGCUCAACAUGCAACCGGUACUCCAUUGUAUGGCUAUAGUUAUCCAUAUCAUCCGGUUAUUUAUCCGGCUGCCGUAAUGCCCCUCGAUUAUGUUGUAGAUGAAAAAUCGGAUGAUGGAAUGGGCCAGGAACAACUAUUGGAGUAUUCUCAGGGACAAGUUGAUUCACAAGUGCAUCAACCUGUUGAAGAGUAUUUAUCAAAUCAACCGCAGGCAUUACCUCCCCAAAAUGACUUUAGUACUCAACAAACAAAUGAAGAAUUUGUGAUGCGGCAACCGAAUGAAUUCAUUCCUCAAAAGCAUCAGCAACACCAUCACCAACACCACCACCAACAGCAACAACAACAUCAACAACAGCUACAACCAAAUGAAUUUAUCGUAGUCGAUCAUCAUUCACCGCAUUUGAAUGAAUUUGUGGCACCACCUCAGGAACAAAAUAUGCACCAUCAACAACAUCAGCAUACAAUGAUAGAACCAGAAACAAUUAACGAAAUUCCUAAUCAAAACGACAUUAAACAGCAGCCCGAGCAUUCAAUUCAAUCGCACAUCAUCAAUCGAGAUAGCAAUCGAAAUAAUGAACAAAUGUUUGAAAAUGCUCAAGCGCCUAGUUUUGCAAAUAUUCUAAAUGAUUCGCAUACAAUGAUUGAAACGUCGUCAUCGCCAUCGCCCAUCGUUGUACCCAAUGAUAUCAAGAAUGUAUUGAAUAAUUCAGUGCCAAAAAAUCAACAAACCAUUAUGUUACAGCCAUUGGUUGACACAAAUGAAAAUAACAUACCGAACACAAUUGGUGAUGGACAACUACCACCACCAUUAUCAUCAACAGCAACGACAACGACACCAGCAUCAUCAUCACAACAAAUGCAAACCCAAUCGAAACCAAUGGGACCAGUGAAUGGUCCGAUCAAUGGUAUUGUACAGGCAAUGAAUGAGAAAUUAGUUGUGCGCACCAAUAGCAAAGCUCAACAAACACCAACGACGGCAUGGAACAUAAAAAAGAGCACACAAUCGGUUGCCGUUUCAGUUGUACCGUCAAAUAAUUACUCUCACAACGAAAUGAAUGCGACAAAGCAACAUGUUUUAGGUAGUAACAAUAGUAGUAGCUGUAAUAACAAUAACAAUAUACCGAUAGUGCCAAAACUAGAUGAACAACAUCAACAACAAAGCUCAAAGGUGAAUGUCACAGCUGCAACCGAAAAAUCGAUUCAAUCAAAUCAAGAUAUCACAACUACGCAACAAUCAUCCGAAACGCAAACAAUUCCCGUUACGGACAUGCAAACAGAUGAGCCAUCAAUAUUUGCCAACAACAACAACAAUGUUAGCAGUCGUGGUGAAACAGCUAAACCUCCAGCAUCCACACAAAUAUCAUGGGCAUCACUGUUUUCUUCAUCAUCAAGUUCGGAUUCACAGAAAAAACCAACCGCUAAAGUACCACCAUACAAUUCAAGUCAAGAACCAAAAUCAAAUAAUCCACCACUUCGAACAACAUCAUCUGCAACCGCCACCACUAACACAAAUGCACCAGAAAAAAGUAUGUCUUAUUCAUCGGCGGCAUCGUCAUCUGCCAACGGAACCAAACGACCUGCACCAACCAAAGUACGUGUAGCACCAUUAGCAAAACAGCCACAAAAUAGCUCAGAACCAACCAAUGAUGAAUCAUCAUAUAGAUUAGGAGAUUUUAUGUUAAAAUACAAAGUCGACAAUAACUCAAUUAGUCUACGACCGCGUGGUUUAACAAAUCGGUCAAAUUAUUGUUAUAUCAAUGCGAUAUUGCAAGCCCUUUUGGCAUGUCCGCCAUUUUAUAAUCUUAUGAAGUCAAUACCAUUGGAUGCGCCCGUAUUUCGUUUCAAAACAAAUACACCAACAAUUGAUGCCGUUGUCGAAUUGGUGCGUGAAUUUUCAAAUUUGCCAAAUGGUUCGCGAUUACAUCGACGUGACAAAGGCGGAAAUAAAAAGGAAGAUGUUACAUUUGAACUGGUCUGCGACCAAUCAAUCGAACCAACAGCAAUACAUAAACUUUGGAAUAGCACACGGAACGAUAACGAAGGUCGACAAGAAGACGCCGAAGAAUUCUUAGGAUAUGUUCUAAAUAAAUUGAAUGAUGAAAUGCUUGAGUUGAAAAAGUUGGUUGAGAAACCAGCCGAACCAGUGCCCAAUGGGAUGGAAAAUGGUGAUGGUGCUGAUGAUGAAGGAAAUGAAUGGCAGUUAAUCGGAACAAGAAACAAAGGCACUGUCACAAGAUCAACUGAUUUUGGUCGAACGCCUGUCAGUGAUAUUUUCCGCGGUGAACUAAGAUCACGCUUGCAACGUGAAGGUGAUCAUUCCACCGAUGUUAUGCAGCCAUUCUUUACACUUCAAUUGAAUAUUGAGAAAGCCAAUUCAGUGAAAGAGGCAUUAGAGAAUUUCGUAAAUAAGGACCAAUUAGAGGGAGUCACUUGCACCAAAACAAAUUUAGAGGUGAAUGCUUGGCAGCAAAUGACUUUGGAAAAAUUGCCGAUUGUAUUGAUACUCCAUUUAAAAUGGUUUGAUUAUAAAGGCGACGUUUGUACAAAAAUACUUAAGACUGUUGAUUUUCCCAUUGAAUUAAAAUUGGAUCCAAAAAUCCUUUCGUCGAAGAAAUACAAUGCGAAGCAAAGGCAAUAUCGAUUAUUUGCGAUUGUAUAUCAUGAUGGUAAGGAGGCGUCCAAAGGUCAUUACAUAACCGAUGUUUAUCAUACUGGGUACUUAAAUUGGAUUCGAUAUGAUGAUAGCACUGUGAAGCGUGUCAGUGAGAAGAGUGUAUUGCAUCCGCAUGGUACACGCGUACCAUAUUUAUUAUACUAUCAACGAAUCGAUACGAUUCCAGCACCGGCCAAUGCAAAUACAAAUGCCAACAGCAAUGCCCAUGCACAUAAAUAAGUAAAUUGCUAGCCAAUUUAAGGUGUAGUUUUAUGAAUAGAGUUCAAGAGGGGUGUGCUUACGCAUGUGUAUGCAUGGGUGAUAGUAUAAUAUCAAGCACACUACCGUUUCUUUUGUUUCGACGUUCGCAGAAUUCGGGCCGGUUUUAUUUCAAUUUUGAUUGUGACUGUGACUACUAAGAAAUGAAGAAAAUGAUAUCCAUACUAAAUGUUCGAGAGAAUCUUUUUAAUUAAAAAAAAAAAACAAAAAAACAAAAAUCCAAGUCAAAAAUUUUAUUCAAAAGUUUAAGAGGAAGAGAGAGAGAAUGAAACGGAAACGAUACAAAUUCAAGCAAGAAUUGUAUUCGUGCAAGUGUAGAUUACACGUUAAUCAUGUUUAGUCUUGUUCUUAAUUAUCAUUAUUUUUUUUUAAUUAUUAUUAUUAUUAUUUCUUUUGUAAGAUAAAAUAUUAUAUUGGAAGUAUUUGAUUCUUUUUUUUAUCCACAAAAUUUGAAUUCUCAUUCUACAAAUACAGAAUGUGAUUGACCCAUUGUUGAAAGAGGAAGCAAGAAACAAAAUAAUUGAUGAUAAUUUAAUGUAAAAAUAUAACAAAAAUGAGUAAUUGCGCCGUUUUUCUAAAAACAUCGGAAAUAAUUGAUCGAAUGUAUUUUAGAGUAGGUGAUAUCAAUGGCAGCAGCAACUGAACUUGAUGAACCAAGCAUAACUGGAUUUCAGCUGAGCACACAGAUCAAAGCUUAAAACAAUAACAAAACAAAAAUAAAACUAACGAUUAAUUAAAAAAAUAAAAACUUUGUUAUCACAAAUUUAAGAAGAAACAAAAAAAAAAA